UGCACAAUAGAUCAUUACCUCUUGUUCUUUUAAAUUUGUGUACACAGAGACCAUAACUACAGUGGUGACCACCAGUGUUGCUACCACUACCACACCAGCAACCACUACAACACCGGCUAUCACUACCACGACAGAAAUGACGACUGCAGUCAUGACAACAGGAAGUACCACAGCUGUCGAAGAGACAACCACCGUCACGACAACGACACCUGAAGUCACCACCACUGAAACAACUACCACAAAGACAACAACUCCAGAGGUUUGUGCUGAACCCCUGGUAAAAUUGGACGGAGUCGUGAGUAUCACCGAUUUGAGCGCUGCUCCAAGUGAUCCCUCUAAUCCAUCAUCCGGGUUUAUAGCUACUUUCUCGCAGCCAGUACGGGUAACAAGUUUAGCAGUUCAAGGAUUGACUAGUUCCUUUAGAGUGGAGUACAGAACUGCCCCGACUGAUAGCCUACAGUAUGUAGGUGGUGAUGAAUCGCCAACGGAGUUUGCAGUCGAUGCAUCAGAACAAAGUAUGGAUCGAGUUUAUAUCAACAUUCCUAAUAUGAUAACCAAUCUAUUGGUUACACCGGUUGAUACCGAAGAUGUUAUCUGGAGAUUACAAAUCUACGGUUGUACAGAGACCAUAUCUACUGUGGUGACCACGAGUGUUUCUACCACUACCACCCCAGCAACCACUACAACGCCGGCUACCACUACCACGACAGAAAUGGCGACUGCAGUCAUGACAACAGGAAGUACCACAGCUAUUGAAGAGACAACCACCGUCACGACAACGACACCUGAAGUCACCACCACUGAAGCAACUACAACAAUGGCUACAACAACUUCAGGUGACUGCGCGAAAAACCUGAAUGAUAAUAGUCAGCCGGAUCCGGUGAUCACCCUCCAGACAUCCGACAUGACUGACGUUACUCCAGAUCAAACUGUCACACUUUCCAGUGGGACAUCGUCAAUCACCGUUCGAUUCGGAAGUAGUGAUGCUGGAUACAAGGUCCUGACCAGAGUGACAGCCGUCAUCCUGAGUGUUGACGAUGCAACAACUGGAAGUCCGCCCAUGAUGAUUCGUCUCGACAGCGUCACCUUUUCAAACGGAACGACAGCUCAAGACUUUGGUGAAGUUAAUUCAACUGGCCCAACCACCGGAAUGUUUAGACUUGGGGCACUGGGAGAAGAACCCGUGGAUGCUUUGGUCUUUUCCGUGCCCGACAUUGUCCCUCAAAACGCUUCUUCAGUAGACGUCGUCGUCCGAUUUGAUGGAUGCAUCAAGACAGAGACCAUAACUACUGUGGUGACCACGAGUGUUGCUACCACUACCACACCAGCAACCACUACAACGCCGGCUACCACUACCACGACAGAAAUGGCGACUACAGUCAUGACAACAGGAAGUACCACAGCUGUCGAAGAGACAACCACCGUCACGACAACGACACCUGAAGUCACCACUACUGAAACAACUACCACAAUGACAACAACAACCCCAAAAACUACCACAACGAGGACCCGAACAUCAGGUUUGACUACGCCCACCACAUCAAGCAGUGAUACUACCACCCUGUCUACAACUACUUCUGGCAAAACAACACCAGGUGACUGCGCGGAAAACCUGAAUGAUGAUAGUCAGCCGGAUCCAGUGAUCACCCUCCAGACAUCCGACAUGACUGACGUUACUCCAGAUCAAACUGUCACACUUUCCAGUGGGACAUCGUCAAUCACCGUUCGAUUCGGAAGUAGUGAUGCUGGAUACAAGGUCCUGACCAGAGUGACAGCCGUCAUCCUGAGUUUUGUCGAUCCAACAACAGGAAGUCCGCCCAUGAUGAUUCGUCUCGAAGGCGUCACUUUUUCAAACGGAACGACAGCUGAAGACAUUGGUGAAAUUAAUUCAACUGGCCCAACUACCGGAAUGUUUAGACUUGGGGCACUCGGAGAAGAACCCGUGGAUGCUUUGGUCUUUUCCGUGCCCGACAUUCUCCCUCAAGACGCUUCUUCAGUAGACGUUGUCGUCCGAUUUGAUGGAUGCAUCAAGAAAGACCAUAACUACUGUGGUGACCACGAGUGUUGCUACAACUACCACACCAGCGACCACUACAACGCCGGCUACCACUACCACGACAGAGAUGGAGACUGCAGUCAUGACAACUGGAAGUACCACAGCUGUCGAAGAGACAACCACCGUCACAACAACGACACCUGA